UACAGUGCCAAAACAAAUCAACCGACAGAACGUGAAAAAAACCUUCAUAUCACAACAAACAACGGUCUAGUGUUUCUUUAAUUCAGUUCGUCUUUAGUGUACAAACGUUUUUUAAUGUAGCCAACUAGCUAGUGAUUACCAGAAGAACGAACAGACUCGUCGUACAUAAAGAAAAUACUUUACCUAGAGGGUGCUCAUGAAAAACAGUUCGACAGAAUGCGUAGCGCAAAGUUACAAGCCGCUUUGGUGAAACGUCGUGAAGCUGAACAAAUAAAGUAUCAAAAAUCGGCCGCCGUAGAACGAUACUAUGACCAGUGGGGACGCAUAACAAGCCGCUACGAAUCGUGGACAACACCGCAGUACUACAGGGAAGCGGAACAAGCGCUCAGGAAGCGUGAAGACGAAAAGAAAAAGCAAGAAGCAUUGGAAUCCAAGCGUAAACGUCUGAAGGACUUAUUGCAGAAGGAAAAUGAGCAGUUGCAGAAGGAGAUGGAGAAUGUAUCCCGACCGAAACCAAAAGCAGUUUCCACCGAAAUCUUGGAAGGGAUCCGUUCGCGACUUCAUAACGCGGAGGAGGCAAAAAAGCGCAUAGAUCUCGAGGCGAAUUUGUACAGCAAGUGGCGCUUUGGCUUUGAUAAGGACGCAAUCAUAAUGGACUCUAAAACAACCCACCAAGCCAUGGCCAAGUUGAAUUGGAUCGAUCGGCAAGUGGAGCUGCAGCUGCAGGACGAAAAGGAUCGUCGCGAGCAGCAGGAGCGUGAACUGAAGCUGUGCGAAGAGGUUCGUCGGCGAGAGGAAAUUUUGCUGGAAAAGAACCGAAUGCGUGAGGAAGAGAUAAAGGAGCUUCGCAGCAUGCAGGAAUUUCACAUGGCCGAACUUAAAUCCCGCGAACAGGAAGCUAACGAGCUGAAGAUGUACGAGGUGCGAUUGAAAACGAAAAAGGAAGAGAUGGCUACAGAGUUAGAGCAGCUGCGCGUCUACAACGAUCUUCGACGCGAUCGUGUAGUUGCGAUGCAUAACUUGAGGCGCAUUAAAAUGCUGCUACGCGAACGUUCCGAGGCUGUUCGCAACGACCUGCAGCAUGACAUACAGCUACUGCAGCGGAUUAGCAUCGGUAACCCCGCGUCGUCCGAUAGCGCCGAAGGAAUCGAGUAUCUGCGGCGAAAGUUUCAGCUACAGUAUGAUCUCGAGGUGGAGCAACAAAUGACAAUAGAGAAUAUGUACGAAUCGGAGGCAAAACAUAACCUGUCCAAAUGUGAAGACAAAUGGAACAGUGAAGCGAUCAUACGCGAGCAACAGUUGCGCUGUCUGCUGGAGGAUCGAUUAAUGGACUUUGAGACGAAACUGGUCGACUGCAGUCAAAGGCAACGGGAACUAAUCGAGGUCCGUGAGCAACACAUCAAAGCCAUCGAGGGGGCUAAUCAAAGACUGAAAGAGCUGAUGUCGGAUAAAUCGCGCGAUGAGUUCGUUACCUCGUCGAACAAUAGUCAGUUACGGGAUCUGCUUGUGCAGCGUGAUGCUGCUGGCACAAACGCCGCCGAGAAACAGAUCCAAAGACGACCAUCAACACAGAGUUCGCAACGAAGCAGCACUUUCAGCAGCAUUUUUCCAUUUGACGACCACUGUAACGGAUACAAGCUUCCUGAAAACCGAACCUAUACUGGAAGAGGCAGUGAAACACCUCCCGGUUCCGAAGGACUGAGCGCACCGCGAUUUGGGAAGAAAAAGGUGGCUUGGUGCUAGUGCGCUGCAACCUUAAGUAUAUUUCCGUCCAAGGGCAGUUUUUAAAUCCGCCAUGUUAGAUGUAAUAUGUUUUUUAGAAUGUUUAUAGGAUUAAUUUGUGGUUGUGUGCUUUGGAAAUAUAUUUUUAUACAAAAUAUCUUUUCGCAUCGAGCUUUUAUCUUGUGUUUCGUUCAAUUAAAUUUAUCAAAACUAAAUUA